AUGAUCGAUAAGCUUGUAAAGAGUGUGAGUAGAGCCAUGAACCCAUGGUCUCGAAGACCCUUCGGCUUCCCAAGUACUUUUUUCAAUGAUCCAUACUUUGACUCAUUGUUUAGAGAGUUUGACACUCAAUUCCCAACAGCAUCACUCGCCAGAUUUACUCCAAGUGUGGAUGUAAAGGAAACUGAUAAUAGUUAUGAGCUUACUGCUGACGUUCCCGGCUUCACUAAGGACAAUAUCAAGGUUGAUUUAGACGAAGAGAGCAGAAUGCUCACUUUGAGAGGUGAAAUAAAGAAGGAACGAGAGGAUAAAGAUAAAGAGGGAAGAUAUUUGGUUCAAGAGAGAUCUACUUCCUCGUUUGAGAGAAGAUUCUCUUUACCAGAAAAUGUAAAGAUUGAUCAACUCAAAGCUCAAAUGAAGGAUGGACAAUUGAAGAUUGUUUUGGAAAAGUUACAACCUGAGCCAAAGCAAGAGAAGAAAGUCAGAAAUAUUGACAUCCAAGAAGAUUAA